CCUUCCUUCAUCGUCGUCUAUCUCAUUCAUUCUCAGAGCUGAGUGGUGUUGGUUCCGUUCCGUGGCUGUCUUUGUUUAUAAUCGUUUUCUUCUCGACGUAAAAGCUCUUCAAGUGGCAGCCAUGGCGGUUCCUCAUCCUUCUCCUUCAUCCUCUAGAUCUCAUCCUUUCCUCUCCCAUGUCUAUCACACUGGCUUCCAUCAUCAUAACCAUCAUCAUAACCAUCAUCAUCAUCAGCCUUCGCUUGUCCUCUUCUGGUGCCUCGUGAUUUCUCUGUUAUCUCCUCUCGCUCUCUCCUCUUCAUCGUCUUCUUCUUCCUCUGCGUCGUCGUCGUCGUCUUCCCAAAUCACUCUCGGUUUCGGUGAAACGGAAGGGACGAAGAACGAUCUGCAUCAGGCGAUCCUAAGGGACGAAUCUGUAGCAAGGUUACACGAGCUUGGACAGGUGAGUGAUGCUGUUUCCCACCUAGAGAGGACUUUUAUGAGUCCAGCAUCCAUAAGGGCAAUUACUCUUAUCCGUGGAUGGAUGGAAGAUGCAGGUUUAUCAACAUGGGUUGAUUACAUGGGAAAUGUACACGGUCGAGUAGAUCCAAAGAAUGGAAGUACGCAGGCUCUUCUAAUUGGUUCCCAUAUGGACACUGUUAUUGAUGCUGGGAAGUAUGAUGGCUCGUUAGGCAUAAUUUCUGCAAUCUCUGCAUUGAAGGUUCUGAAAAUAAAUGGGAAAUUGGGAGAACUAAAGCGGCCUGUUGAGGUGAUUGCGUUUAGUGAUGAGGAAGGUGUGAGAUUUCAGUCUACUUUCCUAGGCAGUGCUGCUCUGGCUGGUAUUAUGCCAGUUUCUCGGUUGGAGGUUGCUGAUAAAAGUGGUAUUUCUGUGCAAGAUGCUCUUAAAGAGAACUCCAUAGACAUAACAGAGGAAAAUCUUAUGCAGCUCAAGUAUGACCCUGCAUCUGUUUGGGGCUAUGUAGAGGUUCACAUUGAGCAAGGGCCUGUGCUUGAAUGGGUUGGUUAUCCUCUAGGAGUAGUUAAAGGAAUUGCAGGACAGACGAGACUUAAGGUUACUGUCAAAGGCUCUCAAGGACAUGCUGGAACAGUUCCAAUGUCAUUGCGUCAGGACCCUAUGACUGGUGCAGCGGAACUGAUUGUACUAUUGGAAAGUGUUUGCAAAAACCCUAAAGAUUACUUAUCUUGUGACGGUCAAUGCAACGAGGACACAAUAGAAUCCCUUGCCAAUUCACUUGUUUGUACUGUUGGAGAAAUCUCUACUUGGCCAAGUGCUAGCAAUGUCAUCCCAGGACAGGUAACUUUCACUGUGGAUUUACGUACGAUAGAUGAUGUAGGACGCAAGGCUAUUCUCCAUGAUUUAUCAACUAGGAUGUACCAGAUAUGUGACAAAAGAUCGCUUUUGUGCUCCAUUGAGAGAAAGCACGAUGCAGAUGCAGUAAUCUCAAACCCGAAUUUGAGUUUACAGCUGAAAUCAGCAGCUCAGAUUGCCCUUAAGAAGAUGACAGGAGAGAUCCAAGACGAGGUCCCCGUGCUAAUGAGCGGAGCAGGACAUGAUGCUAUGGCUAUGUCUCACUUAACUAAGGUGGGGAUGUUGUUUGUCCGGUGCCGUGGAGGGAUAAGUCAUUCUCCAGCAGAACAUGUGUUGGAUGAUGAUGUUGGUGCAGCCGGUUUAGCCAUCUUGGAGUUUCUACACGCUCACAUGUAAUUUUUUUUUGUUCUUUCAGAAAGGAAAGACAACUAAGAAUGUGCAGCGUCAUUUUGUUGUUAUUUGCUUUUGUAUACGCUCUGGGACUAUGCAUUUUGUAUAGAGUCAAAUCCGAAUUAGUUUGAAUGUAUGGAACAAUGUUAGUUUACCUUUGAUGGUAAUUGUUACUAUUAGCCAAUUAUAUA